AUGGGCACCACCCCAUUCCAUCUAUCCAUCCUCGAAGUCCGGUUGCCGAAACACUUCGACAUACCAACGGACAUGAGGUACGAUGGAACCCAGGACCCACUGGAACACCUCACGGCCUUUGAGGCCAGGAUGAAUAUGGAGGGAGUAGGAGACGAAGUAAGGUGCCGCGCCUUCCCGGUCACCCUGGCAGGACCUGCGAUACGGUGGUUUAAUAGCCUCCCGCAGGGCUCGGUGACCGGCUUCUCCGACAUCAACCGCACCUUCCUAGCACAAUUCACCACCAGAAUUGUGAAGGCAAAACACCCAAUCAAUCUCCUCAGCGUGACUCAACGCACCGGGGAGACGACCAGGAAGUAUCUAGACCGGUUCAACGACGAAUGCUUGGAAAUUGAAGGAUUAACUGAUUCGGUGGCCAGCCUUUGUCUGAUGAACGGCCUCCUAAAUGAGGACUUCCGAAAACACCUCACCACAAAGCCGAUCUGUACAAUGCACGAGAUCCAAACCGUAGCCAAGGAGUACAUAAAUAAUGAGGAAGUUAGCCAAGUUGUGGCUGCCAACAAACGGCAGCCCUCCUACAAUCAACCCAGGCAACACGGUAAUGGAGAAAGGGAGAAGGAGCAAGCCAGAGAUGGGGGGCAAAGCAAGGAACCCAAAUCAUUUCCCCGGGUCAGAAAAUUCACCAACUACACCCCACUCACCCUCCCCAUCAUGGAAGUUUACCAGCAAAUUGUCGAAAAGGGAAUAUUGACGAAACCCCGACCUCUGAAAGACCGUACAGGGGGAACAAGAGCCUCUACUGUGAUUACCAUAAAGGCUAUGGGCACCAAACAUAGGACUGCUUCGACCUGA